UUUGCCCAAGGGCAGUUGUAUUUGGACGUCCAACAGGAUGGAUAGUAACGGAAUAGUUCUUCUAUUAGUUCUGAUUACGUGCGAGUUGUGUACAAGAAAAGUGCACAGCGCACCUUCCUCGACAUCGGCAGGCGUAAGAUCUCUAGCAAGGAAUAAAAGUAAUAAUGCCUCGGUGGAUCCAACGGAAGCACUAGAAAUUCCUGCAGUUUCCGAAAUGGAUGCUGAGAUCGUUCUACGUGGACUCGGGUACAACGAGGUAGACGACGAUCCCCUGUCAAUCAGACAACGAAUGACCGAAUCGACGGAGCAAUCGUUGACGGACCUGAUUCGCAACUUCCAACGAGAUCACGGGCUGGAGGAAACGGGCGUUCUGGAUGACGACACUAAACUGGUCAUCGGAUCGCCGCAUUGUGGAUCGAAGAAAAGCUCCAAAAAGGCAGACGAUGUAAUGAAAUGGAAUAAACAGUCGCUUACCUACAGGAUCGAGAAUUUUCCGAGAGGGAAAGCACCUGAACCUAUUCGAAGAUUGCUGACCAAAGCGUUUUCGGAGUGGAGUAAAGUUACGAACCUGGACUUUCAAGAGGUUGACGAUGAUGAUUCCGAUAUUGAGAUUGGAUUUGGUGGAAAGGUUCAUCGGCAGCGAGGCGAUAAAUGCACGUUUGACGAUUCGCAAACUCUGGCACAUGCCUAUUAUCCAGAGGUAGGAGAUAUUCACUUCAACAGUCAGUACUUCUUCGAGGGAGAUACGUCACUGACGGAUUUCCUAGACACGGCACUGCAUGAGAUUGGACAUUCUUUAGGCCUAGAGCACUCCAGAUCGAAAGCUUCGCUGAUGCAUCCAACGGAGAGUAAUGGAUUUACCGAACCACAGCCGAUGGACGUUGAGAAAAUACAAGCUCUUUAUGGUGUACGGAGAGGUGGUCGAGCAAUGGGCACCUCCGGUCCGAGAUUAUGCACAUUGUCCAAGAUCGACGCGGCCAUUGAUGAUGAAGAUGGAAACGUCUACUUUUUGGCUGGUAACUAUUUCUACAAUGCGAACGAAACUCGGUCCAAGGGAGAACUGAUCUCGACCAAGUGGCCAGGUCUGCCAGGUGACAUAGAUGCCGCUUUCCGAUAUUUGGAUGGACGUAGUUACUUCUUCAAAGGCGAAAAAUUCUGGCGCUUCAAGGGUAGUCGGUUGGAACCGGGGCAUCCACGAUUGAUCAAGAAGGCUUUCCCCGGGCUACCCAGUAACUGUGACGCCAUGAUGGUCGACGGAGACGGUGAUAUUUAUGCCUUCCGGGGAAGUCAGUACUGGGCGUACGAUCCUAAGUCGAAAAAGGUUAGUUCAUCGUCUCCCAGCAGUACGCGAGUUCUUGGUUUGCCGAGUAACUUGGACGCAGCUCUGGAUACGGAGACCACCAUAGGAGCCUUCAAGAGUCAAAGUUAUUACGAGGCAAAAUCGAAUGGGAAGUUCCGGAUGACGCAUAGCACGCUACUGGUGUGUUGAUAAAUAUGGUGAUGAAAUACAAACAUUCAGGUAAAUUGUAA